UUUCUCUGUUUCCUCGAACCUUCAUUUUUCUUCUUUGCCAAGACAAAGAUAAACAAUAACCAAAAUAAACAAUACCUUAUCAUAUAUAUCAACAUCUCUCCACUUGUGUGUUCACAUAAAUCUUCCCUCUAGUUUUAUAUCUCAUUUCUUCUGUUAGUUGACUUAUUCUACACUUUCUUUAUCUCUCUCCUCCUCUCCUUCUUCUUCUUUAAUCUUCAUUGAGAUUCUCUCAGGGGUUUUUGAUCCUACAUGGAUGCUGUUUUGCAAGUACCCGUUGAUGGGUUCAAAUUCGAAAACGGUUCUGGAUCUUGCUGCAAACCAAUGAACAAUCUUGAUGAAUCUUGCUUCACUUGUUUCGACGAAUCUGAAUCUCAGAGCGACUCUUCUUCUCCUACCGAGUCUAAGGUAUGUUCUGAUUACCUUCCAGUCUUCAAGUACAUCAAUGACAUGUUGAUGGAGGAAGAUCUUGAAGGUCAGCCUUGUAUGUUGGUAGACAGUUUGGCUUUACAAGCCGCCGAGAAAUCUUUCUACGAAGUGCUUCAAGAUCAAUCUCCUCCUACUUCUGAUCAAAGCUCAGAUGUCACUGGAUCGCCUGAAGUAGUUUCAGAGGAGUCAACGAGAAGGUAUCGCCAUAGGGAUGGUGAUGAAGAUGAUUAUCUUGAGGGUGGAAGGAAAUCAAAGCUCCCUGCAAUAUCCACGAUGGAUGAGCUGGCUGAAAAGUACGAGGAAGUUUUGUUGAUCUGUCAAAAGAAUACUCAUGGAGAAGCAUCACCAAACAAAACCAAACCAGCAAAGGGCUCAUCGAACCGAUCCAAACAACAAAAGACAGAACAGCCAGUAGAUAUGCGAGAUCUCCUGAUGCAAUGCGCGCAAGCAGUGGCGAGUUUUGACCAGUCUCGAGCUGCUGAGAAACUGAAGGAGAUAAGAGAACACUCUUCUAUCCGCGGCGAUGCAACUCAGAGACUUGGUUAUCACUUAGCCGAGGCGCUUGAAGCACGUAUCACCGGAACCAUGGCUACACCAAUAUCUGCUACUUAUAGCAGAACAUCUAUGGUGGACAUUUUGAAAGCCUACAAGGGGUUUGUUCAAGCUUGCCCCACUUUAAGAAUGUGUUACUUCACUGCAAACAGAACAAUCUAUGAGCUUGCUUCCAAAGCAACCACACUUCACAUCAUUGAUUUUGGGAUUCUCUAUGGUUUUCAGUUGCCUUGUCUGAUACAAGCCCUGUCAAACCGUGACGGCGGACCACCACUGCUCCGUGUGACUGGUAUCGAGCUGCCUCAGUCAGGUUUCCGUCCAUCAGAGCGGGUAGAAGAGACAGGUAGAAGACUGAAGAGGUUCUGUGACAAGUUCAAAGUCCCGUUUGAGUACAGUUUCAUAGCCAAAAACUGGGAGGACAUAACUCUUGAUGAGCUUGUGAUCAAGACUGGAGAGACAACAGUUGUUAACUGCAUCCUCCGGCUACAGUAUACUCCUGAUGAAACCAUGUCCCUCAACUCUCCGAGAGACACGGUUCUGAAACUAUUCAGAGAUAUCAAUCCUGACCUCUUUGUGUUUGCAGAGAUCAACGGGACGUACAAUUCUCCCUUCUUCCUAACAAGGUUCAGAGAAGCUCUGUUCCAUUGCUCGGCUCUCUUUGACAUGUAUGAGGCCACAUUACCAGAAGAAGACAAUUGCAGGACCAUGGUGGAGAGGGAGCUAAUCGUAAGAGAUGCAAUGAGUGUGAUAGCAUGUGAAGGGUCUGAACGGUUUGCAAGGCCCGAAACCUACAAGCAAUGGCAGGUUAGGAUUUUAAGAGCCGGGUUUAAACCGGCGAAACUAAACAAAGAGAUCAUAAAGCACGCGAAAGAGAUAGUGAAACAACGUUACCAUAAAGAUUUUGUGAUUGACAAUGAUAACCACUGGAUGCUUCAAGGCUGGAAAGGAAGAGUCCUUUAUGCUGUUUCUUGUUGGAAACCUGCUAAGAAGUAGUAAACAAUUCUGUAAUCAUCAUUUGCAUAAUUUUGUUAGCUUUCCAUUUCUUUGUUUUUUAUUUUAUUUUUUGGUUUUAAAGUGUGUGUACAAUCUGUUUGCUCUCAUAUAUAUGGAAUGAGUCUCUCUA